AUGCCUGCGAGCCCAGACUUGAAGCCCCGAAGUCCUCUGAAGUCGUUCACCAAGCGCAGCAAGCGCAGAGCUGCGGCUGACCUACAGGUCACCUGCAGCGUCACCAACCUCCAGAGCUUCACGGUGUAUCAGGUCCGAGUGAGGGAGAGGUGCACGGACUUCAUCUACGACAGUGAUUGGGGCUACUCGGACCCCAUCAUGACAACCAUGCCCGUCCAAGCCGGCGUGCCCGCCGACAUGCGCAUCGUUCCCAACUCCAUCACGGCCUUCUUUUUCGACGUGUCCUGGCAGGCCGGAGCCAGUGGGCAGUGCAUCUUCAAGGAGUGGGUCAUGGAGGUGUACCAAACCUCCCCAGAUCCCGAAGAUUGGGCCUUCGCGCCGCUGCCCUCGCUCCAAGACCCUCCGGGCGUCUGG